ACAAGCUUCAAGCUUCAGUUCCUUCCUUUUAUUCCACACACGCUUCUAAACCUCGCCACAUCUCUUCGCGUCUCAACAAACCACACUUUACUAAUUCGCCGUGUCAGGCUAAACCCGCAACUCGUCUCAGUGAACUUUUGAAGCUUAUUAGGCUCGCUCAGCGUGCUAUAGUUAGCUCAACUUGCUAGUUAGCUUAGCUUGUUAGCCGCUAACAAAGAGACGCAGAAGUGAUCAACACGUCGCUAAGCAGAGAUCAGAUGUGAGUGUAAAGUGUUGGGAUUGGGUGAAAAUGUGCGAAAGAACGAUAGCAGAGUACGAGGAGGAACUUUCAACAACAAAAGAGAAGGAGCGACAACAUCAACUACUGGACGCUGUUUUCAAGAAACAUCAAGUUGUGUUACACAGAACAGGUGCACGUGAAGAACAUCUCCCUGGGCAGCAGGAGUGGAUCUCCUGGACGGAGCAGGAGGAGCCACAGGCCCCCCAACUAAAAGAGGAAAAGAAGGAACACAGCAUCAGUCAGGAGGUGGAGCGUAUUGACGGAUUGGAGGAGGUUGAUGUUACCAGGAGGCUGUUGACUGUCAUUGUGAAGAGUGAAGACGAUGAGGUUGAAAGUGAAAGUGAGGAGAAGAGAGAGGCGGAGCCUCCAAGCAGCAGCUCAACUCAUCACAUGACAACAGAAGCUGAUGGAGACCACUGUGGAGGAUCACAAGCAGACAAGCUCUUAGCUCCACUGUCAGAUAGUGACGACACAACCUCACACUCUCCUGACACUGAAGAUGGAGAUUCUAACGUUGAUACGACAUGUCACACUGACAACACACACUUUCAAUGCUCUCACUGUGACAAAACUUUUAAUCACCGUUGUAAUCUGAAAACACACAUGAGAAUACAUACCGGGGAAAAACCUUUUUCCUGUUUAAACUGCGGCAAAGAUUUUACUCAAUGGCAACAUUUGAAAACACACAUGAGAACGCACACUGGAGAAAAACCAUUCAUGUGCUCAAUUUGCCGUAAAACAUUCUCCAGGAAGGAACAUUUAAAAUUACACACCAGAGUACACGCCGACGACAAACCCUUCAUGUGUUCAGUAUGUAGUAAAAGAUUUUCUCGGAAGGAAUAUUUGAAAGUUCACACGAGAAUACACACUGGAGAGAGAACUUUUUCAUGUUCAGUCUGUGCUAAAAGUUUUUUACGAAACACCGAGUUAAAAAAACACACGAGAACACACACCGGAGACAAACCUUAUUCUUGCCCAAACUGCGGUAAAGAUUUUACACAAAGGCAACAUCUGAAAGUACACAUACGAAGACACAAUGGAGAAAAACCUUUUUCAUGUUCAAUCUGUGGUCAGAGUUUUACACAAAAUAGUACUCUGAAAGUACACAUGAUAAUACACACCGGAGAAAAAACAUUCUCCUGCUCGGUAUGUGCUAAAGCUUUUGCAAAGAAUAGUCAUCUGAAAGUACACAUGAGACGACACACUGGUGAAAAACCGUUUUCAUGUUCAACCUGUAGUAAGGAUUUUUUAGAAAACAGUGCUUUGGAAGUACACAUGACAAUACACACGGGAGAAAAAACAUUUAUGUGCUCAAUUUGUUGUAAGAGAUUCUCCCGGAAGCAAAGUUUGAAAGUACAUACAAAAAUACACACUGGAGAAAAAGAUUUCUCCUGUUCAGUCUGCGGUAAAGGUUUUACACACAACAGUGAUUUGAAAGUACACACAAGAACACACACCGGCGAAAAACCAUACUCGUGUUCAAGCUGCGACAGAAGCUUUUGUGAACAAACAAAACUCGCAAGGCACACGCGAACGCACACCGGUGAGAAACCAUAUUUCUGUUCAAUCUGCAACAGAGGCUUUGCUGACCAGUCGGCACUUAAAUUACACGUGAGAAGACACACGGGUGAGAAAGUGUACAGUUGCAGUGCGUGUGGUGAAAGAUUCUCUUAUAAGUACCAGUGUGAGAAGCACAGGUGUGCUGGUGAGAACGGCAGCAGCAAAUGAUUUGAUGAUUUUGAAUAAAUUGUCAAUACGUUUACAUUCAAACAUCACCACAUAUAACGUGUGACAUCAUUGUGUAGGUGACACAAUCUUGUUAAUAUACCACUACUAUUUAGAGAUUGUAAAUUUUAGAAUAUUGCUUUAAUUUCAGUCAAAUACACACAUUAAUAUACAACAUAAUGUUCAUAUCAAAAUCUGUUUACAGUGGAACAGGGGUUAGUGUGUGUGCCUCACAAUACGAAAGUCCUGGGUUCAAUCCUGGGCUGGGGAUCUUUCUGGAUGGAUGGAUAUUUUUUCCAUAAAGUAAAAACAAAACACAAAACAGUCUUAGUUACCUGAGAUACUAAGUAUGUCAUUAUUAUUGUCAUGUCUGUGUAAUCAUGUUUUGUUCUAAGUCAUGUUUUGUUUAGUUUCUGGCUUUUCACUCCCUUGUCUUGUUUGCAUGAUUACCCAUUAGUUUCACCUGUUCCACGUUUGGACUCAUUGUGCACUCUUGUUUGUCACCAUAGCAACCAUUAGUUUUCACCUGUCACGUCACGCACCUGUUUCACGUUUUGAGUCACGCACCUGCUUUCACUAAUCAUGUCCAUAGUAUUUAAGUUCAUUCAUUUUCUGUUGUUCGUCCUGACGACCACAACACAUUUAUGCUCUGUUCAUGCCUGAUACUUCUUUUCAUGUCAAUUCCUCAAGCAACGACUUUUGUCCAAGCCAAGUAAGUUUUUGUUCCAUAUUUAUAGUCUUUUUGGUUUCAUAGUUUGUUCUCCGCCAUUGUGCGUGUUUUUUGUUUGUACUUUUUUGCUAUAGUCUUUUGGUUUCAUAGUUUAUUCUCCGCCACUGUGCGCGCUUUCAUUUAUUCCUUUUUUUGAUAAUAAUAAAUCAUGUACCUUCAUUCCCGUCUCGCACGAGCCAACUUUCCGUUGCAUCCUGGAAAAGCACACACCCCGGACCAAGUCUUGACAAUUAUGACAUAGUAAGUCAUUAUUUUGUCAUUAUUAUGACUUAGUAAGUCAAUAUUUUUGACUUACUAAUUUACCAAGUCAAAGUAAUUACUCCAGCAGGGGUCCUCUCCAAGGUUUCUCAUAGUCAUUCUCAUUGACAUCCCGCUGGGUUGUGAGUUUUUCCUUGCCCUUAUGUGGGAUCUGAGCCGAGGAUGUCGUUGUGGCUUGUGCAGCCCUUUGAGACACUUGUGAUUUAGGGCUAUAUAAAUAAACAUUGUUUGGUGAUUGAUUGAAGCAGUAGAAAAUGGAUGGAUGGUGUUCAUAUGUUUUUAAAACAAA